AGCCUGCGUUUCCGACAUCGCCUCACGGGCAUACGGACCCGCUCCGGCUUCCGUAGUUGGAGGAGUCCUCACUUUAACUCUACUUUGCUCAUUUAUCGUUUUAUUUUAUUCCCACACCUUAAGAGGCGCAUAUUUUCAGCGUGAGUCACAUAAAAAAAGAGCACGGGAAACGCGGCGUCGGUGGCGACAUGCUAACUCGGGGCCUGCAAGACGGAGCUUUUAAUUUGACUGUCAAGGAGGAGAGCUAGCCAGCGAGUUUGCUAGCGUAACGUUACGGUGUUAGCUCGUUAGCAGGGCUGCGACAUAUUUAUUUAUUAUACAGGCCGGUUAAUGAACUCGCUAAAGAGUCGCUUGCUCGGCGAGGAGUCGUUAUUUUGUCAGCAAGGCCGUGCUAAAGCGACAGCUAACUUGGUCGGUUAAAAUCACCGGAGAGACGGAAGGAGACAGAGGGUGUCGCUGGUAGAUGCUCUCCGCGGCGGGUCACUGCUGUUGGAGACCAGUUGCAUGUCAUUUAGCUGGUAGCUACAGCUACAGAGUAAGAGAUACGGAAAUGGCAGUCCGCUCAGCCGACAUUGUAACCGAAUAACUGGAGUUAUCAAGCGGCUGUUUGCUAAAGGCGAAGGUCGCCGUUUCGAAUAAGACUCACGACGCACGUUAGUUCAGUCAAAAGUGACCAUUUAUCAGACGAUUAUGUAUUUAGGUCGCUUAACUCUCGCAGCAAAAACACAUACAUUAGGGCUCGCUUAUGAAGAUUAGAGUCCACAGCAGGAUGUCAAAGGGAUUUGUGAGCUAAGGGAUCAAGUAGGAAAAUAAAAACCAAAACAAAGCGAAAGAGCUCCCAUUCAUGCCCGUCUCACAGCUGUGGUGGGGCUUGAAAUGUUCAGUUUGCCACAUAAACGCUCUCCGUUCGGGCUGUAACGUUAGUUGUGGGCUAAGUUGCGUGAACAGACGUGUUGUGGACAUAGAUGCUUGGGAAAGCGAGAGGGAAACGUGUCCGAACAUCUGUAUUUGCGAAAACUUGGUGAAAUCGAGCAGCAGAAAUGCCCGGAGACUGUAGUGCUAGCAGUAGUAGUAGCGAGGACUCGGACAGAGAGGCUCGGAAGAAAGUCUGCACCGUCAAACAUGAAAUCACGAAUGCAAACCUCACUGGAUACACAGAGAAAGUUGGCAUGGAGAAUUUCGAGCUUCUCAAAGUGCUUGGCACUGGAGCCUAUGGAAAGGUAUUCCUGGUCAGAAAGAUCAGUGGCCAUGAUGAAGGGAAGCUUUAUGCCAUGAAGGUUCUGAAGAAGGCCGCUAUCGUUCGGAGGGCGAAGACAGCGGAACACACUCGGACAGAGAGGCAGGUUUUAGAGCACAUCCGGCAGUCGCCUUUCCUUGUCACUCUGCACUAUGCCUUUCAGACCCAGACCAAACUCCAUCUCAUUCUGGACUAUGUCAGUGGAGGGGAGAUGUUCACUCAUCUGUACCAGCGAGAUCACUUCUCGGAAGAUGAGGUGAGAAUCUACAUUGGCGAGAUUGUCUUGGCUCUGGAGCAUCUGCAUAAGCUUGGCAUUGUGUACCGGGACAUUAAACUGGAAAACAUCCUCCUGGACAGUGAGGGCCACGUGGUGCUCACCGACUUUGGGCUGAGUAAGGAGUUUUUGGAGGAGGAGAAGGAGAGGACCUACUCAUUCUGUGGUACAAUUGAGUACAUGGCUCCAGAGAUCAUCAGAGGGAAGGCUGGACAUGGCAAGUCAGUGGACUGGUGGAGUUUGGGGAUUCUCAUGUUUGAGCUGUUGACAGGAGCGUCUCCGUUCACAUUGGAGGGUGAGAGGAACUCCCAAAGUGAGGUGUCAAAACGUAUUCUACGCUGUGAACCUCCGUUUCCUUCUCUGAUUGGGCCAGUGGCUCAGGACCUCAUCAGGAAGCUGCUGGUGAAAGACCCUCAUAAGAGGCUGGGCUCUGGGCCCCGGGGGGCUGAGGACAUUAAAAGUCACCCUUUCUUCAAGGGUUUAAGUUGGGCUGAUCUGGAGCAAAAGAAAGUAGUGAGUCCAUUUAAGCCAGAACUCCGUAAUGAGUUGGAUGUCGGAAACUUUGCCGAGGAGUUCACGGGCAUGGAGCCGGUCUACUCUCCUGCCAGCACUCCUCCUAGCACGGACCGCCUGUUCCAGGGCUACUCAUUCGUGGCUCCCUCCAUCUUGUUUAAUAAGAACGCAGUGAUGGGAGAUGUUCUGGACGCUCCAGUAAAUGUGGACCGACCUGGUUCAGCUACUGUUCAGCGCAGCGCUAUGUUAAAGGAGUCUCAGUUCUUCCAGCAUUACGAGCUGUGUCUGCAAGGGCCGCCGCUGGGUGAGGGCAGUUUCUCCAUCUGCAGGAAGUGCCGGCACAAGCAGAGUGGCCAAGAAUAUGCUGUCAAAAUCAUCAGCCGCAGGAUGGAGGGCAUGACUCAGCGAGAAAUUGCAGCACUUCGGCAGUGCGAAUCUCAUCCAAACAUUGUUACUCUUCAUGAGGUGUACACCGAUCAGUACCACACAUAUCUAGUGAUGGAACUGUUGCAUGGAGGUGAGCUAUUGGAACGCUUGAAGAGGAAGAAGCUGUUUGCUGAAGGAGAGGCCAGUCAACUGAUGAAGAGCCUGGUGUCAGCCGUCAGCUUCAUGCAUGAGGCUGGAGUCGUACACCGAGACCUCAAACCAGAGAAUAUGCUGUUUGCAGAUGAGGCAGAGGACUCGGUGCUGAAGGUGAUCGAUUUUGGCUUUGCACGUUUGUUUCCUGCGGGCAGUGGUAGUGCUCCUCUGCAGACCCCAUGCUUCACACUGCAGUAUGCUGCUCCCGAGCUCUUCCACAGCUCCGGAUAUGAUCAGGCUUGUGACCUCUGGAGCCUGGGCGUCAUCCUAUACACCAUUCUCUCUGGACAAGUCCCAUUCCAAAGUGAGAAAAAAGGAAUGACCUCUUCCCAUGCUGCUGACAUCAUGCACAAAAUCAAAGAAGGAGAUUUCUCAUUGGAUGGUGAUGCUUGGAAAGGCGUGUCUGAAGAGGCCAAAGAUCUUGUGAGGGGUCUGUUAACAGUGGACCCAGAGCGGCGACUGAAGUUGUCUGCUCUGAAAGAGAAUGCAUGGCUGCAGGGCGGUGGGGUUUCCUCCACUCCUCUCUGCACCCCUGAUGUCUUGGAGUCCAGUGGUCCCACUGUACGCACCUAUGUAAACGCCACCUUCAAGGCUUUUAACAGGGGCAAACGGGAGGGCUUCUUCCUGAAAAGUGUGGACAACGCACCUUUGGCCAAACGCCGCAAACUGAAAAUGACCAGCACAGGGAUGGAGACACGCCGCAGCUCUUCGUCCUCAUCCUCAUCCUCAUCCUCUUCUUCCUUGGCUUCCCACCCCAAGACACAGAGUCGCCAGACUUUCACCCCUAAUAGUGACCCAAAACUGUGACCCUGUGGCUGAGAACCCUCCCUGGGCACCCUCUGACACAAUGCUGGCCUUCUUGUUUGGAAGGAGAGGUCAGCAAAGAAAAGCAUUAGAUUUGUAUUGAAAUGAAAAGAGACUUAAAAGAGGAUAUGCAGUGGUUACUGCUUUACAUGGACUCCUAUAGGGAUAUAAGCUCAAGAUGGCUGAAGCAGACUGAUCAAUGAACAAAGUCAAUUGACUGAACACAAGAGUGCUUGAACACUCAUUAUAUAUGGAUCUAUGUGUGAGGAGGGGCCAUCAGUGACAAGAUCGAAUGGUAGUUCUUGGAUUAUUGAAGCCAAGUAAAGGUUAGGUCACUCUGACACAUGCUUUCUUUCUAUUUCACAACAGAGCUUGGAGAGUGAUCCGUCUUCAGCGGACUCUGUGAUGUUUUCUUUGCAUGUGGGUGUGGGCACUGUCCACGAGGUAUUUCUUUAUGAGGACAUUUUGAUACAACAUGAGCUUAUUUGAAAGAACGUACGCAAUUUUGAAAUGCUCCCUUGCCAGAGACUCCAUUAAUGUUCUUUUUUUAUUGACAUGAAAGGUUGGUUAUUUUUCAGUGGGGCAAAAAGAAAAAUAGGAAGGAGUCAGGGGGUGAAAAAGCCAUGAGAGAAAAGCCAUAUGGAAUAGAAGGGAACUAUUUUAGAAUAUGUAUAUUAAAAAAAAAAAAAACAAAAAACAAAAAAAAAAAACCCUAAAAGAUUCUCUAAAUGUACAGACCAACAUCUGCUGAGCACAGCUUUAUAUUGAAUCAUAUCCAUAUAACAUUUUAAAAAGUAGUAAUUGGCGAAUGUUCGUGUUUUAAAGUUGUUAAAUGCGGAUAUAUGCAUGUUAUGCACAGGCUAUUUUGAACAAUUUCUUUUUAAAGGCUGAAUCAAAUGCUCUAACAUAGACUUGGCAGUUAAUCAGCACGAAACUGUCAUCAACUGUUUAACUUCUCUGGUUCUGAAUCACGCUCAGUUUCUCGAUUGGUGCUACUGUACCGGAGGUCAUCGACUUGCGGCUGUAUCGGUAAAGGUGCACUAGGUGGGAAUACAUGAGUAAUCGACAUUGGCAUUGAUGUUACUACAAGCUGUUGUGUGCUCCAGUUGUCUCUGUGUGCUGUUGAUCGAGUCCGUAGCAUUUGUAACGUUACGCAAACACAUUCGUAGCAUUUUUAUGAAUUUUGCAAGCACCUCGUCAGGCCCUUUUAUUAAAACAGGAACUAUAGUGACAGAUUAGUUUGUGAAUUGGUGAUCUACAAUGAUCUUUUGACUAAAUUUGAUUGGAGAAAAUUCUACUUAUUGCACCUUUUAUGGCCUCCUGCUUUAAGAUCUUCUUGUGAACAGUGUGAGCUCUGACUAACUGCCCAUGUAGAGCAACCCUGAGCUGCAUUUCGGCUCAAAAUGGAAGCUUGGUGAUCCUCUUUAACAACUGUACUUGAACAGAUCUGCUUCCUUUUUUUCUCCCCUUUUUUAACGGUCUUCUCUUUUCUCCAUGCUGUGGCUGUUCUGCCUGUGGUUGAAUUCUACAGGCUACUGUCAGGGGAAUGUGAUGUACUGUACGGCGCGGUAGGUUUCUGAGACCUGCACCAUUGCUUUGAAUCUCCAAAGGGCUCCAACACGCUCGCACGCGCACACUUGCACUCCUCAUUUGAGGUGUGUGUGAUCCAGCACUGUGAGAAUCAGAGUGAGAGUGACAACGGCAGAGUCUUUUACUUCCUCCUUUUCUUUUUUCAGGGGGUGCCCGAUAUAUAUUAUUUAUCCAUAAAUGUAAAAAAAGGCGAGUGUCUCUGGCAAAGAAUGUCUGUGAAAUAUUAUAUAAAAAUGGCAUAAAAUUAGGCCUGUGCUUGGUAAAGGUUAACGGAGUUACCACCAUACCCCAGUCACGCCCCCCAAUAUACUCACUGUUAAAAAAAAAAUUUGUUGAAGUAUUGAUUUGUUUUUGUAAUGCAAAUCAUACCAAAACACUAAUAUUCUCACACGUUACUAUAACUCAAGUUUGAAAAAUGCUGGUUGAUGUGAUGUCCUACUAAUACCACAUUUAUUAUACCUAACAGAUGAGAUUGUUCUAAAAAUGUCACUGUUGAGCUGCGCUGGUUACAUGCACUCAGGCUUGGUGGCAGGGGGGCAGGGCACUGUUUGCCUUUGCCACAAUCAGAUAUCCUGCUGUACAGAGAGCCGCUGUGUUACGGUGUACGUUUUAGGACAUCCUCAGACCUUUAGGUUUCAGACAUCACACAGAUGCUUUUUGGAAAUUAAGGAAAAAAAGGUCAAAGAAAAAAACAAAAUAAUUCAUUGUGUCCGCUUAUUUGAAGAAAAAAAUUGUGGGUUGCUUACAUUAAUUAUUAUUCUCAGCCUGGAAAUUCUAUAUCAGUACAGCCCUCUUUUUUUUAAUCACUAAUCAUACUUUUGGCCUUCCAAGCAAGGAUGGAAAUUAUUUUUUUGGUAUGUUUCUCAGGCUGGGUUCUCUGUAUCUCAGCUGAAUGUACCGGAGUGUCCUGAUCCCUUGACUCAUGCAGGAUUGCUUUGUGCAGACAGAGAGAUUCAAUAACAACAAAAACGAACAGACAUGAAGACGUCGUAAUCUGCUCUGAAGCACUGUGUAACGAACCACAUUACGCUCUCCUGAAUGAGUGGUGAGGCUGUAGUACGAAACUGGUCGCUGUGCUGUGGUCAGAUACACCACUCUCUUGAUUUUUUUUAAUGCCAAAACGAUCCUUUGGCAGGCGUUUUCAUUAUGAUCUUAGGUGGUAGUAGCUUUGUGUAGUGCACUUGGUUUGGAAGCGAGUGGCGUGCUGGAUGAAGUGUUAGCAGGCUGUGGCAGGGCCAGAGGAGGCAGCCACAUUAUUCAUUUCGGCUUUGGUGUUGCACACAGAGAAUGUGAAUGAGAAAUGGCUGGAAAUUGGACAAAGGCAAGUCAGAGAAAUCGGUCUCUCAGUGCAGCUUGGUUGUUGGAAUCGAAUAAAAUUGAGUUUUAAUUACUCUUGAGGGAUUUGGUUGAUGUGCUUUGCUUUGAACUUCUGAGAAUACAUUUUACAUUUUUAAAGUUUUAAAUGUGAUGAAAAAUUGUGGGGUUACCAAAUGAUUUGGAGGCUGGCGCAUUAAGGACUUUUUUGUUGUCUGUUUUUGCGUGAUGAACACACUGAUAAUACACUUUAAUAUUUUUUUUUACUUGAUUAAACUGCUUAUUUGUUCCUGAUAUCGCACAAGUACAGGCUGUAAUUGAUGAUGAUGUUUCCAGCUUUAAAAAAGUCAAUAUCUUCGAUAUUUAUUACUUUUUAUUCUCCUUUUGGAUUACUGUUUUAUUUGGAGUGAUGGCUGUGGUUUCCUGCCUGCUUUAUUUGAUGUGUUUUUGUGUCGGUUUUUUGUUGUUGUUGUUUUUUUUGUUUUUGUUUUUUUUGCGCAGUGGGCGCGUCCUAUAGCGUCCUAUACUUUGCUCCUACAAGAGUCUUGCACACUGCACCAAAACAAGAUAGUAUUUGUGGAAAUAAUGGACUUGUCCAUGGCUUUGAUUACAAAGCUUUUAUUUGUUGUAAUGGAUGUGAUUUUUAUCAUGUGUCUCCAUUUGGGAACUCUGUCUGUUUCUUUCAUUAGCCUUUUUUUAAAUGUACCUUUCUAUUUUAGUUCUGCAAUUGCAUGUUUAACUAUUAUUAUUAUUUUUCAUUUUUUAUAAAGAGAAAUUGAUGUUCUGUCCUCCUGCCAAAUAAGGUUGUUUUUUUUUUGUAAGAGAAUGAUCAUGAAACUGAAUAUCAAAUGCACUGUUCUGAGGCAACAUAAGAUGCAUUGUUUUGCAUUGAGAACACUGUUAAAUCCUGAAGGUAAAAUAUAAUACACUUUAGUCUUACUCAGAACUCUGUGAUCCCUUAUUUACCCUAUUGUGAUCUUAGUCCUGCGUCAUACUAAUCCUAAAUGAACCUACCGGCAGCCUUGUUAAGUUUUUAUUUCAAUUUUUUAACUGAACACGUUGUAUAUAGGGAAUACGUUUUUUGUGUUUAAAGCAUUUCAUUGAUCUUAUUGUUCUUUUAAUAAAAAUAGAGGAGCUGGGGGAA